AUGGCCAUGGGUCACCCGAGCAAACACACAACACCUAGGGUGGAUUACAUUGCCACUAAGAUUGAUAGAGUUUUGGUCAAUGAGUCUUGGAUUGACCAAUUCCCUGUCUCUAAUGCUAUGUUUCUCCCUUCUAGUAUCUCCGAUCACUCGCCAGUUGUUGUCAGUGUCUCUGGUAAGGCCCAAUCCUUUAAAAAACCCUUUAAAUACUUUGAUUUCUGGACUGAGCAUAAGGAUUUUCUUCCCAAAGUGGCUCAGGACUGGAAUCAGUAUAUUAGAGGCGUCCCUAUGUUUAGAAUCUGUCAGAAACUCCGCAGCCUUAAACCUAUACUUAAAUCCUUAAAUAAGAAAGAGUUUAGUGACAUUUCAACUAGAGUUUUGGCCUCUAAAGCUGAGCUUGAUUCCAUCCAAUGGAAACUUGACAAAGAUCCUUGCAAUAGCUCUUUUCAGCUCCUUGAGAGGAAUUUGUUUAAAAAAUAUGUGGAUCUUAGUGCUGUUGAGGAGAAAUUGGCUCAUCAAAAAUCUAGAGUCCAAUGGCUUGGUCUGGGUGAUAAGAAUAGCAGGUUCUUCUUUAGGUCUGUGAAGAGUAACAUCAAUAGAGGGAAAAUUCUCAAUGUUGAGAUGGAGGAUGGGAGGGUUUCAACUAAUCCUGAGGAAACCCAAGGGGCUUUUAUUGAUUAUUUUUCUAAACUUUUUGGCACUCCUUCACAGAACAAUCAUAGAGGCACUACGAGAGUUCAUGAUCUGAUUAAAGUUAGGGUCACUCACGACCAAGCUAUUAAGAUGGCCAGUCCUGUUUCUGACAAGGAAAUCAAGGAUGUUUUUUGGUCCUUGAAAACCAAUAAGGCCCCUGGCCCUGAUGGUUAUUCAGCUGGUUUCUUUAAAAGCACUUGGAGUAUUGUUGGUAAAGAUAUAACCCAGGCCAUAAGAGCCUUCUUUGAAUCUGGGAAACUUCUGUCUGAAAUCAACAACACUACAAUUGUGCUCAUUCCAAAAGUUCCUAAUCCGGUAAAAGUUGGUGACUAUAGGCCAAUCUCCUGCUGUAAUACAAUUUACAAAUGUAUUGCUAAAAUAAUUGCCAACAGAAUUAAAGGGGUUCUUCCUAACCUCAUUGAUCCUGUUCAAUCUGCCUUCGUGCAAGGUAGGAGAAUUUCGGAUAAUAUCUUCUUAUCUCAGGAAAUCAUGAGAGGCUAUCAUAGGAACUCCCCUGUUCCUAAAUGUACCAUGAAAGUUGAUAUAAUGAAAGCCUAUGACACUGUCAAAUGGGAGUUUAUCAUUGACAUUCUUACUGCUAUGGGCUUUCCUCAAACUAUGAUCACCUGGAUCAAAGCUUGCAUAACUAGUCCAUCCUUUUCCAUAUGUAUUAAUGGUAGCCUUCAUGGCUAUUUCAAAGGGGCUAGAGGCCUAAGGCAAGGAGAUCCUCUGUCUCCUUAUCUGUUCGUCUUAGCUAUGGAGAUUUUGGCUAGAAUUAUGGAGGAAAAGUCUAAGAAUCCUCUAUUCAAAUUUCAUUGGAGAUGUGAGAAAACCAAAAUUGUUAACCUUUGCUUUGCUGAUGACCUUAUGAUUUUUAGUAAGGGUGAUACUAACACUGUUCGUUUGAUUAUGGAAGGAUUGAAUGAGUUUAGUGCUCUUUCUGGCCUCACCCCGAAUCCUAGCAAGAGUAAUAUCUAUUUCUCUGGCUGCUCUGAGGAGUUAAGGGCCAGUAUCCUUCAUAUUGCUACUUUCUCUGAGGGUAUGCUCCCCGUCAAAUACCUUGGAGUGCCUCUCAUUACCACUAAGUUGAAAGCCACUGACUGUAAACUUCUGGUUGAGAGGAUCACUAAGAGGAUUAGUAGCUGGACCAAUAAACUUUUAUCUUAUGCGGGUAGGGCCCAGCUCAUCCAAACCAUCUUAUUCUCUAUGCAAGUUUAUUGGUCAUCUCUAUUCAUCUUACCUAAGAAAGUUAUUAAGGAGAUUGAGAGCCUCCUUAGAGCUUUCCUAUGGUCUGGUACUGAUCUUAGAAAGCAUAGUGCGAAGAUUGCUUGGGAUAAAGUCUGUGUCCCUAAGAAAGAGGGUGGCCUGGGGUUCAAAUCUAUGGAGGUUUGGAACAAGGCUGCCAUUGCUAAACAUGUAUGGUUUUUGUUCUCUGGAGGGGAAAAGUCUAUGUGGUGCCAGUGGGUCAAAAUCUAUCUCAUAAAGGGUAAAUGCUUCUGGAAAAUUAAAACUCCUAAUGACCCUUCUUGGGUUUGGAGGAAAAUCCUUUCUCUCAGGCCAGCAAUUCACCCUCUUAUUAAACAUAGGAUUGGUGAUGGCCAGAACACCUUCUUGUGGUAUGACAAUUGGCACCACCUUGGCCCUAUCUGGGAAAGAUAUGGUGACAGAAUCAUGUAUGACUCUGGCUUAAAUGGGGAGUCCAAAGUCAGUAAAAUUAUAGUUGGGAACUCUUGGCAUUGGCCUUUUCCCAACUCCUGGGAUCCCAGGGAAUUAACUUCCCAAAUCCCCAACAAUUGCCCUCCUAACCCCUUGGAGAGGGAUACUACUAUCUGGGCUCUCAACCCUGAUGGUGCCUUCACAAUUAAGUCUGCUUGGGAUCUGUGGAGAUACAAGCAGGAUUCGGUGCCUUGGUAUAAACUUGUCUGGGGCCAUGCUACUAUCCCCAAAGUUAGCUUCAUUGUUUGGCUGGCUAUCUAUGGCAGGCUGAAUACUAGUGAUAGACUCCAAUUAUUUGGAAUCCCUUCUAGUCCUACAUGCCCAUUUUGUCUUGAUUUAACUGAAAGCCAUCCACACCUCUUCUUCGAGUGUAGUUUCACAUCCACAAUUUGGCAUGUCAUGCAAGGUAAGUGUAAUGUGCAAUGGCAGCAGGUCUCUUGGCCUGAGACUGUUAUUAUUGUCGACAGAGAGAGCAAAGGUAAUUCCAUGAAAUCCAUCAUCACUAGACUUUCUUUUCUCACAACUGUAUAUCAUAUUUGGAUUGAAAGAAACAAUAGAGUUUUUAACAAAGAAUAUAAACCUGUAGAGGUUAUCAUCAAAUCUAUUGUACUUAUGGUAAGAAAUAGAAUGUUAUCUGUUAGCAACAUUCCUAUUGCAACAGGUGAUGAUUGGUUCCUUGAUCAAUGGAACCUCCCUAGAUCCAUUCUGAAGCCCCAUCUUUACAAUGGUCAUUCUAUUAUGUUUAACCUGCAUACGCAAAUUGCAGUGGAAAAUCUCGGGGCCUGUUAUCUAAAAGCUGGCGUGGGAACCUCCAAAUCUAUGGGUCGUUCUACCUUGGUUAACUCGAAUACUCAAUAUGUGCAAUUUCGGGAUUUGUCAUUUAAAGCUGCAGUGGAAACUCUCGGGAUUAGUCAUCGAAAAGCUGUCGUGGAAACUCCAAAUCAAUGGGUAUGGCUGCUAUAUGCGCCUUCCAAAAUUGCUGAAUGUUCAGAAGCUGUCUUUAAUUUACUAUGUUGGGUACAUACAGCAGAUAAUUUCUCUGCACAUCCUAGGCCUUUGGCUGAUACCCUUUCGGUUCAAGUUUUAAGGUCGUUCUUGGCUAUUCUAGAUGGUGGUCCAAGGGCGAUGUUGAUCGCUGGUUAUGAUGGGUCUCGUUGUGUUACAGUGAAUGUGUGGUCAUUGCUAACCGUGGGUGGUCAUCGCUUGCUGCUGGUUUUUGGUGGUUUGGCUGUGGUUUCGCAGUCUUCAUGCAAGCUUGUAUCCAUGGCUACCAUGGUGGUCAAGAAUACUGCAGUCCUUGAAGGAGGGCCAUGGUACAUUGGUGGUUCAAACCUUUUUCUGAAAAAAUGGACUCGGAUGAUGAAGCGUUCGAAGGAAAAAACUACUACAGUUCCAGUAUGGGCUAAGUUUUUCAACGUGCCUUUUGAGUAUUGGGAUAGUGAUGGGCUGAGCCGGAUUGCAAGUGCUGUAGGUACUCCUCUGUUUAUGGACCAACUCACUGAACAAGGUAGUAGAGUGUCCUUUGCCAGGAAACAAAUAGAAGACAACCCAGAUCCUGGAUGGGAAACUGUCAAGGCCAAGGGUAAGAGAAAGGUGGAUGUCCCCAAAACUCCUACAACGACAGAUAAUCAUGCAACUUCAAAGGAGGAUGGCCUACAGGAACCUGAUGUAGGGCAGAGUCAACAGUAA